CCCAUGCACCCCUUAAGAACACAACCCAAGAGGAGUACUUCUCAGUCUUCAACAUCCUCUAGCUAUUAGAUCCAUGGAGCCAACAUCAAGCCCUCGAAUCUCUUUCUCUUCUGACUUCCUUGACAACAAGAAUUUCAUCACCAUAACCCCAAAAUCUGAGAGCUACAGAAACCAUGACAAAGAACAAGAGAAAUCAAGGAAUGUAGACUUUGAGUUCCUCUCCAGCAGUGCUAGUAGUGAUGCCAUGUUAACAGCAGAUGAGCUCUUCUUUGAAGGUAAGUUGCUUCCCUUCUCGUCAAUCCAUCAGGCAGAGAAAGUCGACAAGAUCUCUCUGAAACCAAAGGAGUCAGAGGACGGAAAUGAGGAAGAAGAUGAGAAAAAGGAAGAGGAGAGUAGAAUCAGCUGGUUCAUGGAUGAUGACCCAUCUCCUCGUCCCCCUAAGUGUACUGUGAUAUGGAAGGAAUUAUUAAGACUCAGGAAACAGAGGGCAUCUUCAUUGUCACCAUCUUCGUCAUCUUCAUCAUCUUCUUCGGGUUCACUUGCUGAUCUGUGCUCUAUGGAUGAUGGGAAGGAACACAAGGAAAGAUCAUGGAACAGAGGGAAGCAUGUGAAGAGGAUAAAGAAAGAGUCGGAGAAGACAAGAUCAGCUAGUAUAAGAAUAAGGCCUGUUGUCCAUGUCCCUCCUUGCAACCAGGCAAAAGCUAGUGCUUUCCCACCCUUGCUUUCUCUCAAGAAAGGAAGUGGUGAGAGGUAAAGGAUUUAGAAUGGAAGUUAGCCUCUUUGUUAGGAUUGUCCAAACUGUUUUUCUUCUUCUUCUUCUUCCUCUCAUAUUUAGAUGAAUUAUGUUGAAUUUCA